AUACUUGAUCAAAUUUUUAUCCAAGCUGUCAGAAUAUCAAGAUGUAAACAAGAUGACUCCCAGUAACAUGGCCAUUGUCUUAGGACCUAACCUCCUGUGGCCACAAGCGGAGGGGAACAUCACAGAGAUGAUGACCACGGUUUCACUGCAGAUCGUGGGGAUCAUCGAGCCCAUCAUCCAGCAUGCGGACUGGUUCUUCCCUGGGGAGAUAGAGUUCAACAUUACAGGCAACUAUGGGAGUCCAGUCCACGUGAACCAUAAUGCCAACUACAGCUCAAUGCCCUCCCCAGACAUGGACCCCGCUGACCGGCGCCAGCCUGAGCAGGCCCGUCGGCCUCUCAGCGUCGCCACGGAUAACAUGAUGCUGGAGUUUUACAAAAAGGAUGGCCUUAGGAAAAUCCAAAGCAUGGGUGUGAGGGUCAUGGACACAUCUUGGGUGGCUCGAAGAGGCUCCUCGGCUGGCCGGAAAGCAUCCUGCGCCCCACCCUCCAUGCAGCCUCCCGCCCCACCUGCUGAGCUGGCCGCGCCCCUUCCAUCACCCCUGCUGGAGCAGACCCCAGACAGCCCUGUGGUUCCAGCACUCUCUCCAUCAGGCAUGGGCCUGCAGCCCACCAUUGAGCGCCCCAGCUCAUCUAAAAGCAAGGAAUUGUCUCCAGGAUCAGGGCAGAAAGGAAGUCCAGGCUCCAGCCAGGGGACAGCCUGUCCAGGGACACAACCAGGGCCACAACCAGUCACCCCCAGCCAGCCACCUGCAGACCAGAGUCCUCACUCCCUCCGGAAAGUUUCAAAGAAGCUGGCACCAAUUCCACCCAAGGUCCCCUUUGGUCAGCCAGGAGCUGUGACUGACCAGUCUGCUGGCCAGCCAUCCCCAGUCAGCCUGUCUCCUACUCCCCCAAGCACCCCAUCACCCUAUGGACUGAGUUACCCUCCCGGGUACUCCUUGGCCUCAGGCCAGCUCUCCCCAGCUGCAGCUCCUCCUCUGGCCUCUCCUUCCAUCUUUACAAGCACUUUAGCCAAAUCACGGCCCACCCCUAAGCCCCGACAGAGACCCACUCUGCCGCCACCUCAGCCUCCCACGGUCAGCCUCUCAGCCUCGAGUCCACAGUCCACGGAGCACCCUAUACUGGAUGGCAUGUCCCCUGGGGAAAGCAUGUCUACAGAUCUUGUCCACUUUGAUAUCCCCUCCAUCCACAUAGAACUGGGGUCGACACUUCGCCUGAGCCCCCUGGAGCACGCACGGCGACACUCAGUGACUGACAAGAGGGACUCAGAGGAAGAGUCUGAGAGCACGGCCCUCUGAUACAGCCCUGCCCUGACAUGUGUACAUACAUACAUGGACCCCAGGGACACGCCGCCAGGAGCAGCGUCCCUGAGCUUGCCAAGGAUUCUCCAUUGGCUCUUUGCUAUCACUUCCAACGCCAGGUUGGAGUUUGGCAAGAGUGCGAUCUUCUGUCCACGUGGCGAAUGUUGGUGCAGAUUUUGUUUGUUCUUUUUGGGUGGUGACUUCAGCCUUUUGUUUGACCUUUGCCUUUUGACUUUGUGCCUAUUUGCAUCCAUCUUCAGCCUCCAUGCCAAGCAACACCCACCUCUCCAUCCAAGGCCUUGUCAGAUCCUUGGCA